UGUAAAUAUGUUUUUGGUGCGUUGGCGUGUACAGUUGUUUGUGAACUUGACUGUUCAGUACGAUUUGUCGCUUGGUACUUUGUGUUGUUUAGUUGGUGUUUCACGGUAUUUAAGUAUUAAUGGGGUUGUGUAGUGGUAUGGUGGCCGGCGGUCCUAAUGGACGUGCUUGUGUUUAGUUGUUUGUUUUUUUAAUAACUGCGCGAUGAAAACAAUGAAGAUGCAGUUUGCCGGGGUUUGUGCAGCCCUAUUCUCCCUGCUGGCUCAGCAUGCUACUGCAAUCACCACCGAGAUCGUCGACGUAGGCCCAGAGGAAGUGCAGGACUCCCCCGAAUACUGCGCCACGUGCGUCAAACUGGACUCCAUUUGCUACAACCGCUCUUACCUCUUCGAGCUCACCGCUAACUUUAGAAAACACGUCGUCAUCAAGAAAAUGGGCAUCCUAAGAUCCAACAACGUCUUGUACUACACUUUUGAACCAAAACUCAAGGAUCCAGAGUACUUUAAAGUUGCCUACGUCUCUCUAGAUUCACCAGCAUUCUUUAAUGGUACGAUUAAUGAUGGGAACACUAGCGUCACAUUUAAUUUUUCGGUCUUUGAUUUUAAUCAGAACGAAAACAAAAUAUAUCUCGGUGGUUCUGAUGGUAUAUGGGCCCUUGAAGAAGCUAAUACAGACCGCCCAGUUUUAAAAUUCUUCGCUGCUAAAGGUCAUAAAAUCACUGAUGUUGUUUCGAAGGACUAUGUAUAUUUUACAGAGACAGAUUCUCAAGGAAUAAUUAAAGAUAAGAAUGGUCACUUUUUUAGAAAAUUGGAAAAUAAAACUAUAGAAAGUUUUGUUUUGGAUAAAGAUGUCGAGUAUACAGUGGUUUAUAUACAUUCUACUGGGUUGUAUGCUUUCAAUAGUAAAACUAACGAAGAUGUGAGGUUGUCGACGAAUCGUUUCUUCAGAGGGCUUACAGUAGAUUUGGAAGGGAUAGUAUAUGCUUGGUAUAUAGACGGAAUAUAUAAAGUAAUUCUAGACAGUGUUUUAGUACACUCGACAAUAAGACGGGUUUCCGAUGUUAUAGUAGGUACUAUGACGUUUGAUAAUUCUAAUAAUAUAAUAUAUUCGAAUGGAAGGUCUUUGUAUAAGUUGACUAAAACAGAUAAUACCAAAUGUUAGGUAGUCAUUAGGAUUAUAAUCCUAAAACUUAAAAAAAAAUUAGUACAAAGAUCGGUACCUAUUUCUUCCCUCGUUUUUGCUCAUGUCAUAUUGAAGAGAAUAUUGCACAAAUACAUUAACCUAUAAUAGAUAAUUUUUAAGAAAAAAAACCGACUUCUAGUGGGCCCGGUGAAAGAUGAUGGUUGAUGGUGCACUAUGUAGAAAAGGAGGUAAAACCACCCACUUUCCUAGUAGCAUUUCGUUUCUGUAUAAGGGUCGUAGUUCUAGCCUAACCUAACCCACUUCUCUGAUAGCAGUUCGGUUCUGUGAGGAUCGUAGUUCGAACCUAAUCAAACCCACUUUUCUAGUAGCAUUUCAUUUCUGUAAGGCUCGCAGUUCUAACCUAACCUAACCCACUUUUGUUCGGUUCUGUGAGGAUCGCAGUUCAAACCUAACCUAACCCACUUAACGGCGCAUGCGGUGCGGUGGUUUGAGCGGGAGGGGUUUGGCAUCAUCAUACUUUAUACCUACAUUUUAUGGUAGGUACCUAAUCAUAGUGGUUUUCCGGGUCUAAGUCCGAGUCCGGAUCCGAGUCCGGGUCCGAGUCCGGGUCCGAGUCCGGGUCCGAGACCGAGUCCAGGUCCGGGUCCGACCCGGAUCCGGGUACGAGUCCGGGUCUGGGUCCGAGUCCGGGUCCCAGUCCAAGUCAAAAUCGAAAUUCGAAAUCACCAAACGUGUACUAUGCGUCGUUGAAGAGUUCUGUUCUGAUCAUCAUCAGCAGUUCCACUUCAUCAAAUGCGACAGUUUUUAAUGUAAAUGCUUGAUUUUAUGAUGAAAAUACAGAAAAUUCUAUACGUAUGCCUUUAAGAUUUAAGGAGUUCCCUCGAUUCCUCAUGGAUCCCAUGUUCAGAACUCGAGCUUGACAGAAAUGUGGCUUAAAAACUAAACUUGCUUAAAAAACAUAACGAAGAGGACAAAUCGCCAAACGUGAACUAUGCGUCGUUGAAGAGUUCUGUUCUGAUCAUCAUCAGCAGUUGCACUUCAUCAAAUGCGACAGUUUUUAAUGAAAAUGCUUGAUUUUCUGAUGAAAAUACAAAAAUCUAUAUACGCAUGCCUUUAAGAUUUGAGGAGUUCCCUCGAUUCCUCAUGGAUCCCAUCAUCAGAACUGGGUUUUGAUAAAAACGGGACCAAUCUGUAUGCAUAUACAUACAAUCAAAAAAAGAAUUUUCAAAAUCGGUCCAGUAAUGACGGAGAUAUGGAGUAACAAACAUAAAAAAAAAACAUACAACCGAAUUGAUAACCUCCUCCUUUGGGAUUUGGAAGUCGGUUAAAAAGUAUUUCUUACUUCUCAUCAUCGUAAAAGUUGUUUUUAUAUCGUUUGUAGACUGCACAUGAGAACAAAAUGACUUUUUAUGCUCUAGAGUCUAGUACAUAAAGUUAAUUCAUCCAUUAAAAUACGACCCAUAUAAACGUAUAUUGACUUAGCAAUAAAAUCCAAAACCUGCCAUUCAAUUCCACCACCUGGCAGGGAGUAGAGAACUCUAGCAUAAAUAACCGUUUUUUCCAUUCUUUGGCCCAUUUCGUUUUUUUAAACUGCAUGCGUUUUAAAGGUACUUCGUAAUAAUAUUAUUUAAGUAAAAUUAAUUAAGUUUAUCUAUCGUAAAAUGUGCCUAUUUUGCUCCCCACUGGGUCAAUGUGCUCCACAGUUUUUUUUAUAUAGGUAUACAUUAAAACUAUACCACAAUCUCAUUUAAGUGUUACAACAUGAUGGUAGUGAUUGUCUUCUUUAUAUCGGUAUAUAUGUAUCAAUAUGCCACAACAUAAUAAAUUUAAGAAAUAUUUCAACUUUUGGAGAAAGGUAGUACAUUUUUCGGUACAUUGGUUUGUUGAUACUUCUUGAAAAUUUAUAUUGAACAUACCCAGUAUAGAUAAUUGUUGUUAAUUGUAAUUACAUUUAUUUUAUACUUAAGAUAUGUUAGACCACCAAAUUUCUGUGAUUUGUUGUAAAUUAAAAUUGAAAUAAUUGCUUGACGAAUUUUAAGAGAAUAAAUAUUUUUCAUUGAGAA